AUGACACCAAUUGAGCGGCCGAAAAUCUGCUUAAGGACGGCAAUUGACCAUCGCAUCAUCAGGCUGUGCAAGAAGAUUAUUCUGCGUGAAGGGGAUCCGGAAACUAGUGAACAUAUCUCGAUAAUUCGCCAACACGGAGCCAGGCUAGGCCGCAAGAAUGACGAGAUUAAUGUCACGGCAGAGCUUGCUGGACCGACCACGACGGGCGGCAUAGUAGUUAUCUUGAGUCAGCCCCGAUACCGUCAUCCGUUUGACAGAGGUCUCGAUGCAGUAAUCCAAGACUGUCCGACUUUCAGGACAUUGGAUGAAUUAUUCAGGACCGCAUCUUGUAAUUCAUUGACUUUACGAGAUAAUGUGUCUUUGGUCGAUCUAUUGCCAUUUACUCCCCAGCGACCAGAGAAGUUACCGCCUACAUUGAUUCGAAAGGCAUUCGAUACCUGCAGGCUGGCAAUAUGUGCAAAAAGUCCCGAUGUAGUUCUUUGCGCGGGCAAAAUUCGGCUUCCUACUCAACAUCAGGGUACCACGAAGAUGUCCGUGAGCCGUAAAAUCUGCGAUCCCAAAGGGGAUCUCAGAAGGCUCGAAACCAGGUGUGUUGGCCAACUGGAUAGAUUUGACAGCGUUGGGCUCCAGGGAAACGGCCAAGAGCAGAUCGUUAUGUCGAGAGUGAGCGGAUUCCACCCCAGCUGCGCUAUGAGUCACCUGCCAGAGCAUACCAUCCUCAGGCAGCUUUUGCUAUUAAACACAGUUAAAACAUGCGGCCUAUACAGAGAGGAUUGGCAGGAGGUGAAGUGGAUGGAUUCGAUUCGAGUCGAAUGCUCUGGAAUCAUGGAUAAAAUCAAAUACAAAGAGGAAAAGACGAGGAAACUGAAAAGAAAACGUCCAAGUCAUUCCCAGAGAUCCACACGUCAAUCAAGGACAGUGUCUGACUAUGGUGGUAUUUACUUCGACAUUCUUGAGAAUCUUCGAAGAAGCAUUGUCAGAAUCGAAGACUUACAGCGCCGGCAACCGACUCAGACUUAUGAUAAUCUACUCUCGAGUAAACUCAGCUACCGAUGCAACGAUGUGAAUAUUGUCUUACGGGAGGCAUCAAAGCUUUUCAAGAGGCACUGGCCGAGAACGAAAAGAAUGGCAGACCUACAUUGCAUUGUUGACAUGCCUUCAUUUAAACUCGAAAGGCUAGCGGACGUGUUUCUCCAGAUGGCUGUUUCCGUCGAGGAUAUGCUGGGCGACCUCCUAGAGUCCAAAGAUAAGCAAGGCUUUACACCUUCGAGAGAAGACACAAAGUCUUCUCAAAAGCGGAAUGGGUCCCUUCAAGGAGAAAUUAUUGUAAUUGAUUGA